AUCUUCUUUGAAUUCCAAGCAAUCCCUCCCAAUUUCCUCAUCGAUGGUGCCCUAAUCUCUCUGGGUUUUGCUUGAGCUUGGAUCCCAUUAAUGGCGAGAUUGGUACCCAAGCAUGGGCCUAGGAAGUACGUUGUUGUCCUCGCCUGCAUCUCGCUUCUCGGAGUCGCCCUUGUCGCUGAUUUCCUCUGGGCCUCCUCAUCAUCUUCGUCAUCGCUAAAUUGGUCGAAUUCGCUUGAUGUAUCGCUAAAUAGUCCCCGUACGAAGCCCAAGGCGGCUGGAAAGAACAAUAAGGACAUUAAAGCAUUUAUUUCAGAAGGGCCAAAUGCAACUUUUGCUGAUAUACCUGCACCACAGUUAGAAUGGGAGGAGAUGGCAGAGGCACCAGUACCUCGUCUGGAUGGGGCUGCUAUACAGAUUAAAAAUCUUUUAUAUGUCUUUGCCGGCUAUGGCACCAUUGACUAUGUGCAUUCUCAUGUGGAUAUAUAUAAUUUUACUGAUAACACAUGGGGUGGAAAGUUUGACAUGCCAAAAGAAAUGGCACAUUCACAUUUAGGAAUGGUGACAGAUGGUAGAUACAUUUAUGUAGUCACUGGCCAAUAUGGACCACAAUGUAGAGGGCCUACAGCUCGCAAUUUUGUAUUGGAUACAGAGACAAAAGAAUGGCAUGAUUUGCCUCCAUUACCUUUCCCCAGGUAUGCACCAGCUACCCAACUUUGGAGGGGCAGACUCCAUGUUAUGGGUGGUAGCAAGGAAGACCGCCAUGAACCUGCAUUAGAUCAUUGGAGUCUUGCUGUGAAGGAUGGCAAAGCACUGGAGAAAGAAUGGAAAAGUGAAAUACCUAUACCUCGUGGUGGCCCUCACAGGGCCUGUGUUGUGGUCAAUGAUCAACUUUUGGUUAUUGGUGGUCAAGAGGGUGAUUUUAUGGCCAAACCUGGAUCACCUAUUUUCAAGUGUGCUCGACGAAAUGAGGUGGUAUUUAGUAAUGUCUACAUGCUGGAUGAUGGAUCAAAAUGGAAGGAGCUUCCCCCAAUGCCUAAACCUGAUUCUCACAUUGAAUUUGCUUGGGUUAUCGUUAACAAUUCCAUCAUAAUUGCUGGAGGGACAACAGAGAAACAUCCGGUAACGAAGAAGAUGGUGCUUGUUGGUGAAGUAUUUCGCUUCAAUUUGAAUAACUUGGAAUGGUCAGUAGUUGGCAAAAUGCCCUUUCGAAUCAAGACGACCCUUGUUGGGUUCUGGAAUGGCUGGCUAUACUUUACAUCUGGACAGAGAGAUAGGGGGCCCCUUGAUCCUGCCCCUAAAAAGGUUAUUGGAGGUAUGUGGAGAACCAAGCUAAUCCUAUAAUCAACUACUUUGCUUUUGAUUACUAUUUGAUUUGAAACCAAGGUUUGAGUACCACAUGUAUCCAAUCUGAAUUUUGUUUAUUCAUUUUAUUAAUUCAUUCUUGGGGCCUAGUUUGCCUCUCCCAAGUGUCUUAAUAUGUAGCCACAUGAUGUGCUCAUUGCUGAUGGUUUGAUCAUGGCACUGUGCCAUCUUUUUGCAUUUUUUUUUUUUUAAUGUUAACUCAAUUAUCUUUAUAGAAAGACUGCCUACUUUA